UCCACUUUCUCCCCCCUUAAAGCCCUUCCUUGGAACCACCUUCCACUGGCUUCAGCCUCCCUUUCUGUCAUCUGAGAAUCUCUUCAGCGGCUUAUCUUGGGCUCUGUGUUUAUCCAAAGCAGCCUGGCAACUGUCGUGAAUGAUCUGGAUUAUCUGAGGAGCUCCCUUUUUUGCAGAAAAAAAAGUUUGCCUCUGUCUUUUUCAGGGGGAGAAAAAAAAGUUAGUUGAGUAUAUGAGGUGAAAACUAAAAAGGGGUGGCGUUAUUGGGAUCUUUGUGUUGCUUUUUUUUCCCGGUUUCUCGUUCUUUUCCUCUCUGGAACCUCACGUUUGCAUGACAUGGAUCACACGCUGUUCGGCUGCCUGCGCAGCCCUCAUGCCCCCGCGCAGGGCUUGCACCCUGCCUUCUCGCAGUCCUCCCUGGCCCUCCACGGAAGAACGGACCACGUUUCUUACCCUGACCUGUCCACCUCCUCGCCCUCCUGCAUCAUAGCUGGAUAUUCCAACGAUGAGGGCCUGUUCGCCAGCCAGCAUCACAGAGGGCACCACCACCACCAGCAGCACCACCACCACCACCACCAGCAGCAGCAGCAGCAGCAGCAUCAUCACCCCUCCAGCUGGCACAUUCCACAGAUGCCCUCUCCUCCCGCUGCCACCCGGCACAGCCUCUGCCUGCAGCCCCCGGACUCCGCCGCCACAGAUCUGGGGCCCAGCCCCCCGAACCUGUGCGCGAGCACACCCAGCCUGGGCAGCACCACCCCCACGGGGGCAUCCUGCGCACCUGGGGACUUCGGCAGGCAGGCGCUGUCUCCCGCAGAGGCAGAGAAAAGGAGCAGUAAAAGGAAAAGCCAUGGCUCAGACUCCCAAGAUGGGAACUUUAAGUCAGACGUAAGCAGCAAACCCAGGAAAGAGAGGACUGCAUUCACCAAAGAUCAAAUCAGAGAGCUCGAAACAGAAUUCGCCCACCACAACUACUUGACGAGACUUCGAAGAUAUGAAAUUGCUGUGAAUCUAGAUCUCACUGAAAGACAAGUGAAGGUGUGGUUUCAGAACAGGCGGAUGAAGUGGAAACGAGUGAAAGGGGGUCAGCAGGGGGCCGCGGCGCGAGAGAAAGAACUGGUCAACGUGAAGAAGGGCACGCUGCUGCCGUCCGAGUUCUCCGGCCUGGCCGGCCUGCACCCCUCCGCGGACUCCCUGGCCAACGAGGACAGCCGCGACAGCGAGCACAGCUCCGAGCACGCCCACCUAUGACGCGCGGCCGAGGCCUCGGGCGCCCUCACUCAGGAAAGAACGACGCGCCAGGGGACGGCGGGCGUCACACACAGCCGUGAACAACAAACAGUGUAAAAAUGUACAGAGGAAUGAUAGAUGUCUUUAACCAGACCUGUGAGGAUUAAAUUCUCAAUUGUUUUUUUUUUUUUACCAGUCUAUGAUUUGCACCACAGUUUUUAGAAUUACAGAAUGUUAAAUUGCAGAUCAAAGAUCAAAGAACAUUAAAAGAUUGUAGAAGUCUAUUUAACAUGUGAAACAGGGAUUUGCAGGGGACACUUUAAAAAUCGGACGUCCUUCUAUUAGAAAUUGAAGUGUAAAUAAGAAUUAGUGGGUAACCACCUCCUAUUCCAGCCUGUUUAUUUGUAAACCAGACCUGGAGAAAGUGCCUUAAUAUAAAAUCUGAUGAGCCCAAAGCAUUCUGAACAUUCCACUUUGUGCCUUACAAUGACAAUGGGCAGAUAUAUGCUCUGGUUUGCACUCUUUAACUCAUGCCUUUAACAGUUUCUACUGUAAGAAAGAAUCUGGGAAAGCACACAAAGCAAAGACGUGUUCAGCUACAAAUAUGCAGCAAAUAUAUUCAUUCUGUAAAUAACUAUCAGUAUUUUUUUGCCUUCAUUCUAACAAACAUGUCUUAUUAACAGUAUACCAGCUCACACAAUAAUAAACAUUGCUACUCUGUCGCUCUUCUGGCUGUGUGUUGUUAUUGAUUGAAGCCUUAAAAAGACUUUGCUGAAGUUCAUAUGAAGCAAACGUUAAAAGAAAAUGUUUAUAAAUACUUCAGAGAUCUGUUAAGUUAAGCAAAAGUUUCAGAUUUUCUUUAAAAAAAACUAUAGCAGGCAUUAUAAUCUACUGUACAGCUUUUGAAACUUGAAUUAAUUUGGGACUAUGCAAAAGGUUCAGUUUGCAUGAAUGAAUCAAUAUGAAGUCUCCUGUCAUCUUUAACUUGAAACAGAAAUAAUAAUCCUGCCAAAAAAAGUGAGGAAUGAUUUUAAACACCUCCCAUUUGAAACGUAUUUUAUUAAAAAAGCCAUUUUGAAAAUCAU